AACCUAAUGUCAAAAGAACAAAAAAAAGUUCCAAAUAUGACAAAGUAAAUACAUAAAAAGUUUUAUUACCCAUUAAAUUUUUGGAAAAUUUUGAUAGUAUUAGCGCAAUUUUAAUCAUUCGACAUCGCCAGUAUCGACUACUCUUCAGCGAGAGUCCAAAAACCAUAUUUUUGAUAAGCUUAGAACGUAAGAACCAAAAAACAAGAGUAACUCGAGCCACCGCCUUCAUAUAUUUACAACAAAAAAGAUAGUUCUCGUGAAAAAAUGGCUACAAUUUUGCAAUUUAUCGCUUUUUGCGUUUUGAUACAAUCAUGCGUGUGCAUGUUGAAACCCGUCUACGUCGAGAAUCAGGGAAGAAGAGUGUUCUUCGAUGUCGGAAAGACCCUUUCUCUGAGUUGCCAGGUCACAGGUUCGGAUGAAAAUGCGAGCGAAAUCAAGUGGCGCAAGGCAGAGAUGGAUAAUUUGGAUGAGAAUCAAGUCAAGGUCGAUGGAAAAACGAGCACGUUGAAGCUUGAGAAGACCGAGGGCACGGAACAUGGCAUGUAUUUCUGUUCGUACAAAGGCGAUGAGCAUCCCUUCGAUGUAAUUGCCAAUAUUUUGGUGAAAAUUAAGCCAUCGACGGAUGUUUCGGUAGUCGAGGGCGAAACUUUGUCCCUCAAAUGUGCAGGAGUUGGCACAAAAUUACGCAUCAACUGGGUAUUUGACGCCAAUAUCACGGAACAUGUCACGUACAAAGACUCUGAUGGCUUGGAGAACAACACGUUGGAGAUACACAACAUGGAUAAAAAAUAUCGUGGUAACUUCACAUGCGAGGGACGUCACGAUGAUUCACUCGAUUUGGACAAUGUCGUCUUCAGUACCGCUUAUGUGCGUGUCAAGGACAAGUACGCAGCAUUGUGGCCCUUCGUUCUUAUCUGCAUCGAAGUGUUCAUUUUGUGUGCCAUCAUUUUGAUCUACGAGAAGCAUCGUACGCAUGUCGAAGUUGAGGACAGCGAAACGGAACCCGAUCAGAAAAAUGGCAAAAAUUAAGGAGCAAUUAUGAGCUUUAAAAAAAACGAGAGUUACUUAAAACAAAAAACAAAAAAAAAUAUUUACACAAAAAUUGUUAUAAUCGUGAAUGUGAACUGCCUGAUUUAUCUGAAUUUUUCUCACCUAGCGACGUGACGUGACGCAAUCUCUUUCCAUUUUUUACAAAUUUUUAUCGACAGCAAUAGUACAAGGAGACUCGCUUCCACCAAAGAGACCGUGAAUGACUUUUGUUUGGACUGCACCACAUUUUUGGACACUUACCUCUCUCUCUCUUUAUACAAAAUCUUACUAAACUAACGGAAAAGUAAUGUUAAGUUAUAUGUUAAUCAAGAAUCUCUGUUAUGAUAAUGAAAAAAAUGUAUAUUUCCACUUUUCACUUUGUAAUAAUAUUAAUAGAAAACGUUUUUGCUUCGUUUACAAAAAAUAAAA